AUGGGGAGAAGAAGACGGGCCAGGGGCAGCCGGGCAAGGUCUCGGCAGGCUCAGGGCACCAGACGGCCCAGGCCCGCACGCCGCAGGGCUGCAGAAAAGAAGCGUAAGUUCAGUGCUGCCUUUCACCCCGUGUUUGCACCAAGCCUGCCUGGCUCGGCCGGGAGCCACGGGCCUGCACGCCCAGCCUCAUCCUGCCCCGAGGGAGGCCUGGGGCCACCUCGCCUCCCGGUGACCAUGACGGAGAUGGCUACCGUGCCCGUGUCUUUGUGGGAUACUGCACUAACCACGGGGCAAGAGAUCGUCACCUUGAACGUGAAGAGGAUCUUCACGAUCCUUUUCUUGUUGAACCUGGCUGCUCUUGGUGAGUAUUCCUCUGCUGCCAGCGGAGGCACGGAGGCAGGGAGCGCGGGCUUCAGCGAAGUUCGGCUAAUGGGAGAGGCAAUGUCUGCAAGCACGCGGAUGUCUGACUGGGCUCUGAAAGAGGCAGGGGCUGCCAUGGACCUGCAGAGAUCGUCCAGCAGCUCUGCAGGACUCUGCAGGGUGUUUUGGUUCCUGUGUGCUCCAGCGCCCCAGGACACCUUUGUGCAGCCGGAUGCCUUGCCAGGAUACUACUGGCCUUUCCAAUGGUCUCGGAGCAAGCAGCUGAUCCGGUCCCCCACACAAAUACAAGCGACAGCCAUCACCAGAGAUCAAACCUCAAAGAUGGCCUCUGCGCUGGGGACUGUCAGCAGUGCCCCCCGAGAUUUCACUGUCUCUGGACCGGAUGAGGAAGGCGAGCAAGAAACUCUGCUGGGGACAUCUCCCCACACCCUGCAGAAAGGGCCAAAUGAGACCUUCCCUCUGCAGAAUGGGAUUCCCAGAGGCUUUCCGUUUCUGAAACUUGGCAUACGGAGCAACUGGGGAAAACCAGGAUACACCUGCAUUUAUCGAGUGCAAGUGCAUGGGAAGAUCAUGGGAAGGAAGGCCGUCGGCCAGACACCUGUGUAG